CCCCCCGUGAUCGCCGUCGGAUCCCCGCGGGGAUGGACACGUCGGAGCCGGGCAGCGCGGCCGAGGAGGAUGAGGAGAAGGCGCCCGAGCCGCGGCCCCGGACCCGCUCGAACCCCGAGGGCGCCGAGGACCGGGCGCUGAGCGCCCAGGCCAGCGUGGGCAACCGCAGCGAGGGCGAGGGCGAGGCCGCCAGCGCCGACCACAGCCCGCAGGGACCCGCCGGCCCCGACGGCACCGCCUGGCCCGGCCCCGCCGCCCCCACCGAGGUGCAGGUGAAGACCCCCCGCGUGAACUGCCCCGAGAAGGUGAUCAUCUGCCUGGACCUGGCCGAGGAGAUGGCAGUGCCCAAACUGGAGUCCUUCAACGGGUCCAAGACCAACGCGCUGAACAUCUCCCAGAAGAUGAUCGAGAUGUUCGUGAGGACCAAGCACAAGAUCGACAAGUGCCACGAGUUCGCGCUGGUGGUGGUGAACAACGACGCCACGUGGGUGAGAGGGGGGGAAACCCCCUAUGGCAGGGCCACCCCCUGCCCGCCCUUCCAGCCCCUCCCGUGCCCUCCCCAGGAGAUGUACGGCUUCUUCAGCAGCCUGGACACCAAGGGCACCAACUACAAGUACGAGGUGCCGCUGACGGGGCCGGCGGUGGAGCUGCACAACUGCAUGGCCAAGCUGCUGGCACACCCCCUGCAGCGCCCCUUCCAGAGCCACGCGGCCUACGGGCUGCUCGAGGAGGACGAGCCCCCCGAGGUCGAGGCCACCGUCUGAGCCCCCGGGGGGGGUGGGAUUGGCUGGGGAGGGGGUGUCGUGGCGGCUCCUGCG